UGUUGCAGCGCUCAGCGCAGCCGCUCACUCUCACUUACUUUCACUCAAACACACACAGCAUAAAAAGAGACCUGCUGCAAAAAACCCUGGACUGGACUUGGCAGCAUCUCUGACUGAACCGUUUUUAUAAGGAGCACAAGGAUCAGAUCUUUUUGGGGGUGCUGGAUGCCAGAGAUCAAGCACACAGCUGGUAUGGAGAACACAUGAGGAAUGCGUCUGCUGGGAGGAGUUUGUGAAUACUUCAGAAAGGAUUUCUCUCCCCAGAAACUUUGUAAAAGAAAUUGCAAAGGGUUGACGGUUCAGACCACAAACGGGAAAAAGGUGGAACAUCAGAGAAAAGGGUUUUCUAAGAACAAUGGCAACCACCAACCCUUCAUCCUGCCACCUUAUCCUCUUCUUCUUCAUGUCUGUCUUGGUUAAGAAGCCAGCCCUGUCUCAGGACUCGUCCGUCUCCAGGGUGACGGUAGCAGAAGGUGACCCAGUCAUUGCUCCCACCACAUUGGUCAACCAGACUUUGUCCAGCUAUGAGGAGAUAACCCAGAGUACCCCUCCAGAGACGGGGCUCUCCACCCCCACCAGUGGUGGAGACGCAGACGAUGAGGACGUCCCUCCAGUAGGGGGGACACGUUGUCAGGGAUACUACGAUGUAAUGGGCCAAUGGGACCCUCCUUUCAACUGCAACGCUGGCGUCUUUCUGUACUGCUGUGGCACCUGCUUUUAUCGCUUCUGCUGUCAAUUCCGCCAGCAGCGACUGGACCAAACCAUCUGCUCCAACUAUGACACUCCCAUCUGGGCAAACACUGGGAAACCAGUGGCCACCAUCACAGAGGGCCAAGGCGAUGCUGACCGAGACCGCACACACCUCAUUGUCUACAUCAUCUGUGGCGUGGUUGCCGUCAUGGUGCUGGUGGGCAUCUUUACCAAACUGGGUCUGGAGAAAGCCCAUGGAGGAAGUGGAGGAGGAGCAGGAUUGCCUCAGACAGACCUCAGUUCCAGGACCCUGACAGACCUGCUGAAGCAGCAGGGAAGUGAGACGAGCUCAGUGGAAAAUGCCACGAGCGGUUCACCCAGCGGAGCGAGGGCCAACGGCAUCUCAACCAGGAUGCUGCGCAGUAGGAGUGAACAGUACCAGUUGAAUAACUCUGCAUACGGAUCAGCUGGACAAGUGCUGUCACACCUGCACAGUAACCACAGCUCUCUGGGACUGAACAAAUACACCUCCCUUAAAGCCGUGGUGGACACGGCUUCCAGGAGCUACUACAAAAGCUACCCCGUCAUGGACUUCUCCCAGUACCAGCCUGUAGCGCCUCCUGCCUUCCAGCCCAAAGAGAAGUCAUACAUCCACCAACCUCUGCCAGCUCAGCACGACAUCCACGCCCCUCUCUCCAUCUCCAUUCCCUCCAGCCAUCUUGAGCACUCACGCCUCCCAAAGACCACCACCCAUCCCCUUGUCUCCAGUUCUGCCUUUAAAGCCUGGGAGCCCGCUGGCCGCCAUGUUCACAGGCAGACAUCUGCUCCAUCGCACACCUCCUCCCUUCAUGGCUCCAGCAGGAGACACGGCUACUCAACAAGGAGGCAGCAGAGCAUAGAGAACAUGCCAGAAGUCUUUUCUCAGCCCUAUGGAGGGAUGUAUGGAGGGGGAGGAGCAGGGCAGGGGCAGCAUGUCCAGGGGCAACUUACAUCUCAACCCUCCUAUUACCACCACACCAGGCAGAAGAGCUACUCCACCCACAGUGCGACCGAGGUGACCGUCUGAUCACUUCUGCCAAACACAGAGAACUUUGGUGAGAGCCAGAGGCCACCCUUUGGGACAGUUCAGACAACACAUCAGUCACAGAAGAAGUCAGAUUUAAGAGACCACCGUACAGAAAACAGACUUUUGACCCAACAGAGUUCAUCCUAAAACCUCUCAGGUCUCCGUGUGCCGCAUGGCCUUCAGGGUCUCAACCAUCAAACAUGGUGGAUCAGGCAAUGUGAAGAGGACUAGGAGAACUUUCAGCACCUUCUAGAAACAGAAGCUAGUUGGUUUUCCCAUGUUGGAGUAGACAAGAACAAGCUAGCAGAGCUGCAAGUGAAAUGGGUUAAAACAUUUAUCUAUAAAAAAAUAAAAUUGGUGCUAGCUGGACAAAGUUUAACCAUUCUCAGUGUAAACAGACAUUCCACUGCCUCGUCGUUUCUGUGGUCAGACCUCCAGAUUCUCAAGCUACAUUUUGAGAAAAGCAUUCACAUACGCUGCAACACACAAUUUUUAAAAGAAUACUAAUACAAAUUAAAUUAAAUGUGCUUUAAAAGUAAAACUGAGGAUUGACACCACUGUCAUAGCCACAUACUCUGGUCAACAAAACAUUUGUAACUAGAUAAAAAUGUGUCACUUUUUUUGUUUUUUCUAAACUUGUGCCUCAAAAAUCUAAUUGAAACAUGUACUACUUAUCUUAAAAUAACAACAAAAACAGAAAAGAACAUUUUUAGAUGUUUGUCUACUUUUAUGAAAUGUGAUCUUCAAAUUAGUGCAACAAAACAACAAAUAAGACUAGAGUGAAGCAAAUCUAGAGUCAGUUAAAUAUUGUUACAGUUAAAUAUAAGACUACCAACUUCCUGUUAUUUUAGGACAGCUGUUAGCUAAAUGUGUCUUAUAAACUUUUCACUAUAUAAUGUUCAAAUAAAAUCAGUUAGACCAAGAAUUGGUUUUUAAGCUGUUUGCUGUUCAAAUCUUCCAAAAUCCACCAAAAUUUAACAUUUUCAGAAAAAUCUAAGCUAUGUUAGGCCUGUAGAAAUAUGUCAUCCUAGCAACUAUAAGAAUUAGAAAUAAUGGCUCAACCCCAGAGGAUGAUGGUAACACUAAGAGCAUUUAGCUUUUACAUGUGCAUUGUGUGCUCUUUUGUUGUUUGUCCUUAAGAAAAUAAUGUGCAUCUGACACAUUUAUUUGAAACUAUUUACGAAAAAAAAGUUUUCAGUUAUUUAAAUUAUUUACAUUUUAGCAUUUAUUGAUUUAGCGUUUUAAGAACAGUUUCAUUUGUGUGUUGCUACAAAAGCAUCCACAAAAACAAUCAGUUUUAUACUUUCUGAAAGUGUGAUGAUUAGCCACAUACAUUUUUUACUUAUUUAUUUAUUGUGCUUAAGAUUUAUUUCUUGAUUAAAUAAAAUGAAUGAAUAGUUUUUGUGAACAUGAAUAGGAAUUUAUUAAAGUGGGGGAGGUCUUCCUCGGGGAGACUUGUGGGGAGACCAACAAUUUUCCAGGAAGGGGUUCUUGGCCACCCCUUGGGGGCGCAACUGAAGCUGAUUACCUGUAGCAGCCAUCUUUAAUCAAGCUAACGUCACCCAAUGCUUGUCAACAGUAAAACCUACACAGUGCUAUGAGUGUAUGAGGGUGAAAUGACGGCGGUACCAACCUUUUAAGAAAUAUUUCCACUUAUUCACAGACAGUGGAAUUCAUUUUACGUAAUUUCUCAAAUUUAUCUUUACAAAGUAGGGCUCUAAACCGCUUGUUAGCAUGAACAAAAUGUAUUUUUUUUUCUUCAUUUAUUUAUUUAUUUUUCUGUAGUUGGAAAUAUAGUUUGAAACUUUAAAAGGUGAUCUUUUCUCCCAAAUGAUGGGAAACAAAAUCUUUUAAUGUUUGUCCAAACAGCUUUUAUAUCAUUUAAAACUGUUUGUGGUGUAAAGGUCUGAAAAGGCAACUUUGAUGUGUUUCAAAGUAGAAAAGUUUCAAUUUAUGUUUUACUUCAAGCUAAUGUAAUUGUUAAUUAUUUACUUCAAGAUGUUCUGGUCUUUUGCCACUGAAUCUUUCUAUAAAACGACUGUAAUCAUGAAUCAUGUCAGAGGUACUGGUAUUUUUCUCACAGUGCAUUCCUUUGUUACUUUGCCUUAUGCUUUUCAGUUUUGCACUUCUCAGUCAAUCUCCACGUUUGUUCCUUCCUUUCCCCUUGCAGCGCUCCGUGCAGACAUUUUUUUUCCGCGAUGAAACACACUUUGCAUUCUUCGCCAUCAGGCCGAGCAAAAAGGGACAACUUCCCCUGGGUCACAUUAACUUGAUGGUGAGGACAAUGCCACCAUCAUGUCAGCUCCCAUCACCCUCCAUCCCAACCAGAUAUGGGGCGAGGAGGUGGGGGAGAGACAGUGCCGGAGCCAGAGGCUGGGAUUCUUCAGAAAAAGGGAAUAAAGGAGGAAAGAGGAGAGAUAAACAGAAAACACAACAUACAUUGGUGUUUUCCUUUCUCGGGGGAAGGGAAAGAAUAGAAGUCAAUGUAGAUCUGGUUCUUUCACUAUUGAACUCUGAGACAGAACUCUGAGUGUGUAGAGGUUUGUGUGUAGCGUCUAACCCACGGGGCAAAUUGCAGGGGAAUUUGAUAAGGCAUUUCCAGGCCUGGAGCAUUUUGACAUCCCUCAUUUGAUCUCUGAGAUCUGGACUGCAAAGGACAUUGUGCACAAUUGCAGCUGUUAACGCAAUGCCUUCACUCGACUUGUUGCUGAAGGUUUUUUGGCUAAAACACCCUCAGGAGCUGUACAGUGUACCACACGUGUGUUCAAGAAUGCUUCCACUAAGCUUUUGUGUUACUACUCACUCUGGGAUUUUGUCUCUGGAGAAUUGUGAAGUCUGUUUACAGUAGGAAGCUUGGACUAAACAAAUGAAAGUCAGUUCAGGUGAGGCAGAAAAACAAAAGCUCGAACAGACUGCAGUGUUGUCCUCCUACAGAUUUCUUCUGUUUUUUCAGAUAUAAGAACAAACUUCAACAUCAGACGAGAAUGAACCGAGUAAAUAUGAAUGCAGUUUUCAGUUAAUUAUUUAAUUUAUUAAAGCAACACUUAAUAAGGUUCUCACUUCUCCCCCCAAUCAAGGCCGGAUUAUAAUAUGGGCAAACGGGGCACAGGCCCGGGGGCCCACGCGAGCAGCAGUUUUUAUUUAUUUAUUUAUUCAUUUUUGUGCAGCAGUCUUAACGUUGGAGAAAAAAGUUGACAAGUAAUUAAAAUUGCACCCACAUUUUCUAAGUUAACACACAUGUCUUUUAACAAUGGUAGUUUUUGCAUCUUUACUGUUCCCCAGCUGCUUCAGCCCUCUCUCCCCUCCCCCUGAGCAGCAGCCGCAAACUCACUGAUGAGCCUGCAGCCUCUCAGAGUUCCUGCUGAUCUAAACAUUAAACUAAUUAUUUCAUUUUAUGUUCCUCACUUCUGAUUACCUUCAAUGGUGUCUGUUUGUUGCAACCACCAGGUACAAAAAGGAACUUGUUUUUAUUUGACUAUUUUUCUGUCCUGUCUGUUUUUUAUCUGCAUCUCUUCUCAGUCCGAAAGAAAAACGGCUACCUGGCUUCAUAUUUUUCACUUAUGAGUUACCUUUGAACUGCAGUUCAAAAAGAUUUACCGACCGCAAAAAUAGCGGAGUGCGCCGGCAGUUUAACUGUGCGCGCUAACCUCACCGGUGAGGUGAACUCAUGAAAUGAUAUUAGGCGACAUAAACGAUUGCGUGUUAAAUUUGUUUUUGAGGUGGCGAGACUUUGAUAAUGUUACUGUGGCCGUGCUCAGGACGCAUCUGUCUGGAGUGCAUCAACGAUCAGAGCUCUGCGCCUCUCAGCUCAAAAUAAUCCCCAGAGAGUCCACAUAGAUAAUGUAAUAUAAGUGGAACCAGGAUCGUUUUCGGGCUAAAAAAUAGUCUACAGUCCAUCUUCCCUAAUGUGUUUGUGGCCCUGCGGAUUUUUCUAACUACCAAAUUGUGAAGGGGAUCAUUUUCACAAAUGGCAUGAAUAAAAAAUGAACUGAGAACAACACAAACUCAACAGCGCCUCAGUGCACUGUCACUGAUGGCUAUUGAAUCUCAGCUUGUCAGGAAUCUGGACUUUGAUGACAUCGUAAAUGAAUUUACUAAUAGAAUGGCCAGAAAGCAGUUUUUCUGAAGGCAAGAGACGAGACCGACAAGAGGAGACAAAAAGAGGAUAAAGGAGCCAGGAGCCAUGAGACAAGACGAGGAAGGAAACAGGAGACAAGAGGAGGAAGGAAACAGGAGACAAGCGGAGGAAGGAGACAGGAGACAAGAGGAGGAAGGGGACAGGAGACAAGAGGAGGAAGGAGACAAGAGAAGGAAGGAGACAGGAGACAAACAAAAACAUGCAGAUAUUUCAUCUUUGCAAACUGUUCAAUAACUGUAUAAUAUUUUAAAUAAUCCUGCAUUACUUUCUGUUGUAGUUGGACAGUGGGAUCUCUUUUACAGUGGACUCACUUGCUCCCACUGUCCCACAGAUUGACAACAUUUUUGUUAUUACAGACAGAAGAGCACUGUGAGGAAGAGAGAGACAGAAAGCACAUUGCUAAGCACAUUGUGCCCAGGGGCCCCUGCAAUGAUAAUCCGGCCCUGCCCCUAGUGGUUGAAAGCUAAAUUACAACUUGUAAACAACCCUGCCACAGCCUGCUGUAGCUAGCACUAACGCUAAUGCUAACAUGAGCCAACUGAAACUAAGUAAGCCAGUAAAAAGAUUCAUAUUGUCGAACAAAAAAUAUUAUUACUUAGUCCAGUAGCAACAAAGCCAGGUCAUCAUCAGCCUGUGAUUUCAUAGCCUCCUUUAGCUUCCUCAAACAAAUGCAGCUCACGCUGAUGUUCACUCUGGUUUUAGCUGUUUGCUUCGCCUCUAAAGACAUUACUCUCUCACUUUCUUCUAGGCUCCGCCAUGAUGCCAACAAAAAAGCAAAAUUAUUCUUGUGCUUUUUAUUAAUGGUCAGUGAAAUGAAACAGCUAAAUGCUAGCCUUUAUAUUAGCUACUGGCACAGUAAACAGCUCUUACCAUGAAGCAGAUAGAGACCUCCCACUAGUGUUGCUACCCAAACCACAAAACUGUUGAGUACAGUUUCUGGUCAGCAGUGAAAAUCUUCAAGUUUUGUGACUCAAGAGCCACUGAAACAAGUUCGAAAGCAAUGGCUGUUAAAAACACUUUAGUGUUACUUUAAAAUAAAAAAUGUAUCUGAACCAGCAAUGUGAAAAAGCAACACCCCUCAUUUAAUCAUGAAUAAUCUACAAUUAACCAGAUUAUUCGAAAAGCUAAAUUUAGUUGCACCAAGAUCUGAUCACAACCAGACCUGGAGAAUUAAAUUAUUUAUUUAUUAGAACCUUUCUGACAACAAGAAGUAGGCUAAAAUACCUCAAAAAGCAACACAUUGUGCUCCGUUCUUAAGAAAAUAAAGAACAAAAUAACCCUAAAACAACAUCUAAAGGCCUGCUGGCCUCAUUACAGGAAACAAAAACCAUUAUAACAACUGUCAAACAUAGUGGUGGUAGUGUGAUGGUCUGGGGCUACUUUGCUGACCUGAAAUAUUUAAGUGUGAAAAAGAAGCAGUUGGUUUGACCUGACUGAACCUAACAACCCUCCAGAUUUCCACUCUGAUCAACAAUUAUCCAAACAUCUUCAGUCUCAAACAUUUUCCUGCAGGCUAAACUCUACAGAUCCACAAACACUCACAGUUAGUUUGGUGUUUUGGUGUUCCUUUAGUCCUGGCUUGGCUUCUUUCCCUCUAGUACUUGGUCUUAAUAUUUACUGUUUAAAGGAGACUAAACUUAUUUUAAGAGCAAUAGUGCUACAGGUUAUGAUAUUUUGCAAUGACCAAGUGCUUCUGAUGUUUAUUUAUGUGAUUGCAGUGUAUUAUCUCUCCCCUAUACAUUUUAAGUCCACUAAAUUACUAUACUCAUGUAUUUAUGAUAAUACUUUUGCAUAUUUGUACAUUACUACUCUGUAUUUGCUUUUAUUGUUUUUGUAGUGCAACAUAUUUUAAAAAUCUAGCUGUUUCUUUAUAAAUAUUGUUUCUUUAAAGACAUUUCCUGUAUUUAUUUUUUAAGAAGGGCUGUAUUCAAUUAAUGCUGUCGUAAAAUAUUUUUUCACACUGAUGAGAAAGAAAUAACUAGAUGUGCUUUUUUUCUUUUUUAAUGUGCAAUAGAGGUCUUUCGUACUGUAUGCCAUCCUUACUGCAAUGGAUUUUAUUAUUGGUGCCGAAAAUCAUUCACACAAGUUAAAUCUAGUAAAACCACUGUCGACAACAGAAUCCUACCGACAUCUCUUUUUGUGUGAGGCAGAUUUGCUAGCCUGUCUGAAACUAAAAUCAGUAAAUCAAAGCAAGUUUCUACAUUUUCUGCUCUAAAAAGCCUACAAAUUAGCAGGGUAUAUUAAAAAGUGAAAUCCAGUAUGCACAAACAAUAAAUGUACACACUAUAUUCAUCUGUAUUUCAUAUUAAAUAAUUUAUACCUAAAAGUGUUUAGAAACAUUUGUUUAGGAACUAAUGGCACUUUUAAAGAUGAAAAAUAAAGACUUCACCGAAUUUCCUCUUUCCUUUUUCAUUUUUCAGACUUUGCUUCUGAUUUUGUUUUUCUUUGUACAAAACAUAAAUUUUAACAAGGUCUUUAUAUGUAUUCAUUUAGCACAGCGACCUACAACUCUGGAUAUAUCAUUGCAAUGUUUUAUUCCUGGAAAACUGGAUGAUUUCCUCCUGUUUUUCUUCAUGUAAACUAGCGUUUUAUUUUCACUGAAAAUAGGUCAUCUGAAUUAGUUUUCAUUUCCAUUC